AUGGAGUGCCUGAAAUUGUGCAUCAGCGUGGUGGUUGUGGCAUGUCCGUGUGCGUUAGGUCUUAGCACGCCUACGGCCGUCAUGGUUGGCACAGGUGUCGGUGCUGAGCACGGCAUCUUGAUCAAGAAUGCACCGUCUCUUGAGGCAGCAUGUUCGGUUCGCCAUGUCAUCUUUGACAAGACCGGUACACUGACACGGGGCCAGCUGCAUGUCACAGAGCGGUGGGAUGCGCCAUUAUCGUCAUCAUCCUCAUCGUCGAUAUCCGUGUCUCGCCUCCUAGCACUCGUCCAUGCCGUCGAAAGUCGCAGCGAACAUGUCUUGGCACAUGCGCUUGUCCAGCACUGUGAGCCGCACAAAACGUCCCGCAUGGUAGUCCAAGCCUUCGAGGCCGUACAAGGUGCUGGUGUCAAGGCACACGUCGAAUGUGAUGAUGAGCUGUACGACGUUAUCAUCGGUCAUGCAGGCCUCCAUCCUCUCGGCGAGCAGCCGACGCCCAUGCUCGCGUUUGCGCAGCACUGGGAAAGCAAAGGGUCCUCAGCUGUUGCUAAAGCAAUUGGUGUAUACCCAGAUGAUGUGCAUGCGGGACUCUCACCGAAUGGUAAAAUGACCCUGCUGCAGCAAAACCGCACGCCUCCUUCAGACACGUCGAACGCUCGUGUCCCACAAAGCAUGUGGGAGCGCGUUGCCGAGGCACUGGUGCCGACUCAGUGCCACGGCCUCGCGAUGGUCGGUGAUGGCGUAAAUGACUCGCCGGCUUUGGCCACAGCUGAUGUUGGUGUAGCCAUGUCAUCAGGAUCAGACAUUGCGAUGGGAGCUGCUUCGAUUGUGCUCAUGCGGAAUGAACUUAUGGAUGUGCCGAUUGCCUUCUUGCUAUGCCGGCGAAUCUUCUGGCAAAUCCGCUUGAACUUUUUGUGGGCUACCACAUACAACUUGAUUAUGGUGCCUCUUGCUAUGGGUCUGCUUCUUCCCUGGGGCAUAUACUUGCAUCCGAUGAUGGCUGGCGUGGCCAUGGCCUGCAGUAGCGUUAGUGUGGUGCUCAGUUCCUUGUCUCUGCGCUUGUGGAAACGACCCGACAUUUCUGCGGGUGUGCCGCCAUCGGUCGCCUUCACACACGCAUCCGUAUCUGCCGGACUGGCUCGCCUUUGGCACACUCUAUGGCCAACGGCUCCUCAGGAGCCAGCCUAUACCGCGCUGCAGGAAGUUGCAUGA